CCCGUUGAAUAAAUGAGAUAUGCAAAUGUAGGUGAAAAAAUACACCCAUCUGACUUUCCGUGCAGUCUCACACGCACCAGCGGUGGUGGGUGUUGUAGGAAAUUCUGUCCGACCAACUUCCGGUGGGUGCUGAGGAGUCAUCGCGAGAUCUUUGGUUCCGCGAUGGCUGCCGCUGCGUCGGACGGGGUCUUGAAACCCCUCCAGAAUGCCAUGAAAUUAGCCAAUGUCGCUAUAGAACUGGACGCGGGGAACAGACAAAAGGAGGCUUACUGUGAAUACCUGAAGAGCAUUAACUACAUUUCCCAGGCACUUCUAGAGGAGGCCGUGCCGAAACACAAGACAGAGAUUGUAACAGAGGAAGUUCUGAAGAUGCUGAAGCUGGCAGAGCAAUGCCUGGAAAGAGUCAAGUCCACUGUGGCCAAACUAGAGCUCACUCCAAUUGAAGAGGCUUCAGUGCUCAACGAGAAACUGAAGGCAAACUACGAGGCUCGAGUGGCGCGUUUGAACCCCAGCCAAGCCGUGCAGAAGACAUCGCUGACUUUAUCUCUUCAACGCCAGAUGAUGGAGAACCUCAUCAUAGCCAAAGCAAGACAUGAGGCCCUUCAGAGGAAAAUGGAAGAGAGGAGACUGAGGCUACAGGAAGAAGCUAACAGGAGGUUCUCCAGCGCGGUCUCCGCUACCCCAGAGGAGCAGGAGCUGAGGGUCCUCUACGCCAGUGUGCUGGAGUACGAGCAGGACCACUCCUGGCCUCGGCAGUGGAAAGAAAAACUGAAGAAAAAGCCGAAUGAUUUGACUCUGGUUACGGGUCUUAUCUCCUACAUUGUCAGGCUGAUCGAGGACUACAACGCCAACCGGGAGGAGCCGGCCGGCGGGGUGGACGCGGACAGCUCCUUCGAGGACCUGGAGCAGUUCCUCGCCCAGCUGGACAGCCCGCCAGCCGGCCUGGAGGGUGGGCCAAAGUCGCUGGUGGUCCCGGGGUCCCGGGUCCAAGCGCUGGAAGACAAGGCGCUGCAGGACCACCUGAAGGGCGUCGUGAAGGAGAUUCACAACUCCAUUGAUCGACUCCUCUCUCUGUGCAUCUUGUCUUUCGAGUGCCUGAACACUGCAGUCUCCAAAGACCGGUGUGUCGCCAGCAUCGAGGAGAUCUUCUUUCCCCCGAUCUGGGCUCCACUCCUGGCCCUCUUCAGGAAAGUGUAUUGGCUGAAGGAGAUGGAGUUUGAAAAAAGUAUGAAGCUUUCCAAAGAUUUCACACCUGCCAAUCUGGGCGUUGCUUCAAAACUCUUCCCCCCAGAAUCGGCUUCCUUCUCUGGUUCCUACCCUUAUGAAGCUGCAGUGCAAGAAUUAAGACUGAUCUCCAAAGACUUCUGUCCACAAAAGAAACUGGAAUGCAUUGUUCGGACCCUGCGGCUGAUCUGCGAGUGUGCAGAGGACUACCAAAGCUGUCACACUCCAGCGGGCUCCCCCAGCACCGCCGCCAUUGGUGCUGACGAUCUGCUGCCCAUCCUGUCCUAUGUGGCUCUGCGGAGCGAACUACCCCAGCUGGUAUCGGAAUGCGCUGCACUGGAGGAGUUCAUCCACGAGGGGUAUCUGAUUGGAGAAGAAGGCUACUGUCUAACCUCCAUGCAGAGCGCUCUGUCCUAUGUGCAAUCAUUACACCGGGGAGCUUUGCUGAAACAGGCUGUGUGAUCCUCCAGCAGGCCUUGGAGUUGGAAAUAUACCCAGGCAGAGUGAAAGAGGCUGGGCCAGUGAGGAUUUUCGUUGGUAUGGACACUCAACAUAAAUGGGCCCUGCGGAUCCACCAUAUAUAUGCUGACAUAAACACAGCAAAAAGCAUAAUGGAGGCCAUGAAUCUGGUCUUUCCUUCCAGUUAAUGAGAUCUCAUUUUAUCCAGGGUUUCCACAAAACCCAUUUGAAUUAUUUUGAAAACCGUGUCCAAAGCUUUCAUGGAAGUAGGUAAUUCUGGUGACUGACAAAUCAUAUCUCGUGUAAAUACUGUUGACUUAAGAGUUCCUGUUGGAAAGUGACAUCUCUCACUUAACAGGACCUUGGUUCUGAGAAUGUUUCAAGAUCUUUUAAGUGCGUAAGUUUAAAGUCUAAAGAACAGUCUUGGCUCCUCUUUUCUGAGCCUCCGUUUGGUGUCCUGGAAGAGCAACAGGUCUGACAGGCUUCCUUUGCUUUUUCCUCGACUCUCCUGUAUUUGCGUUUUUGUACAGCUUGUAUUGCUUUGUGCGCAUUAGUGUGAAUGUAAAAUGUGUAGCCUAAUCCAGUCACUCAGGCUAUUGAAAAAGGAGCAUCAUAUGAUCGUAGUGCAUUGCGAAUUGCAAUCUAUACUUCUGUACAACCACAGGCACUUUUUCCCCAAGGGCAGGUAACUGUUUCUCAAAGACCACUAGUAUCAUAUGUAUCCAUUCCCUCAUCCUCACUCCAGAAAAUGUGCCAGAGAAAUCUGAAGAUCAAUAUGUUCAAAUAAAAGCUAAAAUCAAUUGCCUAUCGAUCAUAUGAAGUACUCCUAAACAUUUGUAGUUUACAUGCUUGGAUUUUAUAAAGUUCUAUUUACAGUUUGAGAGUUUUUUAAAAAAAAACAUUGUUUCUCUAUUUAUGUAAGCUAUGUUAUUAUUUAAAACAGUCAAUUGAAUAACAUGUAUUGUUACAUGUGAAUGUACAGCCAAUAUUUUGCUACGAGGUGUGGCCACUUUACUAAAGGAAGUGGGGAAGUGGCCGGUAUUUAAGGUCUUGUCUAAAAUGCUGUUGUUUUAGGUUGCACAUAAACUUUUUUUUUGUUGAUAUUGGAAGACCUUUUGUCACGUGAGAAACCAAGAAAGAAAGCAGACACCCCGAGGGACCUAAAAAUAUUUUGUAUAACAAACUCUGGUUCAACAAAGGAAGCAUGUUGCAGUUUUCUGUAAAACCUCUAGAUGCGAUUUGUAAUACGUGUCCGGGACUAGCCCUCAGUCACAGACUCAAGGGGUUGAGUGGGGGAUAAAGUGGUUCCCAUUGGCAUUUUCCUAGACGUUUGCUAUGGGUUCUCUAGGGCCAUUUUUCCAUCAUGUCUUGAGGGGAAACCCAGAGCUUUUGCAUCAUUCAUGUUCCCCUUUGUUGUUGUUGAGAAUUUGUAAAGGAAAAUUAGGGUCUGUGCAGGGCAUGAUGAGGUAUUUCAUUUUUUAACUUAAACCACUACAUAAAUUCCCCCUUCUGCAACCAAAAUGGUGGCCUUUUUGGGAUGUUUUUUGUUUAUUUUGGACUCUUAGCUUUAAUGCUGCUCAAAAGAGGGAAUGGUUCAUUUUUUAAGUACUACUACUACUUGAUAGAAAAUGUAUAUAAUUUUGUAUGUAUUGACAUUUACAGAACUAGACUGCUGUUUCACCUCAGCUCUACAAAUUUUGCUGUGAUGCACAGCAAAUUGAAAGAGCUUGCUGCAAUGCCUACUUUUUUAGCCCUUUAAACAAUGUUGACUAUUUUGAGAAGAUGCCAUGAAAAACUUAGAAAUAAUGUUUCUUCGGGACAUGAAAAAAGGUUACGUGCUGCUUUUACCAAAAUUCUCCUUGUAAGACAGUAAUGUUCUGUCCUAAAAUGUUUUAACACAUUUUAGUUUGUUCCAGUCAUGAUGUGGGGGGGACAAAAUAUAUACUAUAUUUUAUACUAAAUAUAUAAAUAUUUACUGAUGACCAAAUAUAAAAAGAGUAGGGAUUCUGCAUGAAGUACUUUAAGCAUGAAUGGCUUCUUUCUUUUUUUCUGCUGGAGGCUUUAUCUAAACUGAGCUCUGAGCAAUAGUGGCCCCAUAGCUCUGGUAUAAAUAUUAGACUGCUUCUGUGUGGUUCAGGAUCGUGUAAAAGGCCAACCUACACCAGAUGCAUGUCUCUGCUCCAUGUUGUGUUUUGUCUGCAUGUUGAGGUCACUUAUUUUAAUGUGGCAGGGCUCUGUUGUGUGUGCAGGUGGUUUUCUGCAAACCAGCCGGUUGCUGCUAAGAGUAACCCUCAAGUGUCAUCUUCCACAGCAAUGGCUAAGCAGGGCCUGCUUAUACCCUGAGGAAAUAAGUUACAGGAAGCCUCAAUUGGGAUUCAAAUGAGAAGCACAUUACAGUAACCUCAGCUGUAGGAUUAUUAAAUCUGAAUGACUGCAGACGCCUCCACCACAGUUCAUACGUGGCUCAUAUGGGAUCCAUUGUGAAAAUCUGCUGCCUUGCAGCUUAGGCAGAUUGUAUGCAGUUUUACCUAAAUAUUUUUUGUGAGGGUGAGCAUCUGCUUGUUUCUGGAGUACUGUUACUCUAUCUCUGUAGCGGAGCUGUUUAGGUGGGAGGGACAGGAUCGUACUUCUGAAUGACUGAUCAAAAAGGUGUGGUGCAGAAUUAAUAUUUGCCCCCCACCAUAUCCUUGCUGCCUGUGAAAUUUGGGAAGUUUUAGGAAACUUUUUGAUGCAAUUACAAAGGCUUCACUUUUGAGGUUUUUUUUAAACAUGAAAAAUUAGAUUGCAUGGGCUUUGCACGAGGCCAGGCCACGCAUUUUAAUAGUACUGUGAUGUGUUGCAUUCCUGUGUUGUCAUCUCUUGUUACACAGGCAGAGUGAAAUGUGACAAAAAGCAGACAAUAUAAUAUAGGAAGCUGCGAGCAGUAUGGCAACACUCACUUAAACCAACAACUGCUUUUUGUUUUGUCAGUUACACUUUUACAAACUCAGACAUGCAUAUUUGCAUUAAGGUGUCGCUUAUCACAGGUUUCUUUCAUUACAUAGCUAUUGCAUAACAGAAUUUGCCCACGUCUCAUUGGCCAUUGGUACAGUUUUUAAUGCUUUUUGUACUUCAGUCUUAAAAUUGAUUAAAGGGCCAAAAAGGUAGAAAAACUGAUUUGAGAUGCACUUUGUAAAGAUAAGGAAUUUGUGUAAUUUUGCUUUGGGUGUAUAAUCUGACCAUAAAGCAGGUCUGCGUGUUGGAAAUGAAGCAUCGCUUUUAAGCAGCGCAGCCUGAACCUGUGGUUGAAGAGUGCUGAACCAAGUAUUCAUAUUAAGAGAAAACACUGGCGUUAGCUUUUUAAUCCUUUUUGUGUUUACUUAAAUGUAUAAACACGGUACUGAAAUUGAUGAACUGUGAAUUUUGAAUGUCAACUGUACACUGAAUGCAUAACUACAAGAGUUUGUAAAUGUUUUAGUAUUAUUCAAAUUGCUUCUGCUCUACAGUGACGAAAGUGGAAUAUCAGAUCUUUUAUCUACAAUAAAGUUACACAGAUACUGGACCUUC